AUGGCGAGGCUGGUGAGCACGACGGAGCUGGAGGACCGCCUUCAGUGCCCCAUCUGCCUCGAGGUCUUCAAGGAGCCCCUAAUGCUGCAGUGCGGCCACUCCUACUGCAAAGGCUGCUUGCUGUCCCUGCUCUGCCACCUGGACUCCGAGCUGCGUUGCCCUGUGUGCCGGCAGGAGGUGGACGGCAGCAGCUCCCCGCCUAACCUCUCCCUGGCGCGGGUGAUCGAAGCCCUGGGACUCCCGCGGGACCCGGAGCCCAAGAUCUGCGCGCACCACCGGAACCCGCUCAGCCUCUUCUGCGAGAAGGACCAGGAGCUCAUCUGCGGCCUCUGCGGCCUGCUGGGCUCCCACCAGCACCACCGCGUCACGCCGGUCUCCACCGUCUACAGUCGCAUGAAGGAGGAGCUUGCAACCCUCAUCUCUGACCUGAAGCAGGAGCAGAAGAAGGUGGAUGAGCAUAUCGGCAAGCUGGUGAACAAUAGGACCCGGAUUGUUAAUGAAUCCGAUGUCUUCAGCUGGGUGAUUCGCCGUGAAUUCCAGGAGUUGCACCACCUAGUGGACGAGGAGAAGGCCCGCUGCCUGGAAGGGGUGGAAGGUCACACCCGUGGCCUCGUAGCCUCCCUGGACAUGCAGCUGGAGCAGGCCCACAGUACACGGGAGCGGCUAGUCCAAGCCAAGUGUGUGCUGGAGCAGUUUGGUAAUGAGAAUCACCAUGACUUCAUCCGGAAGUACCACUCCAUGGCCUCCAGAGCAGAGCUCCAGCCGGCCCGACCUUUGGAAAGCACGUUCAACCCCAUCUCCUUCAAACCAGGCCUCCACCAGGCUGACAUCAAGCUGACUGUGUGGAAAAGGCUCUUCCGCAAGGUUCUGCCAGCCCCGGAGUCUCUCAAGCUGGAUCCCACCACAGCCCACCCACUCCUGGAACUCUCCAAGGGCAACACAGUGGUGCAGUGUGGGCUCCUGGCCCAGCGGUGCGCCAGCCAGCCUGAGCGCUUUGACUAUAGCACUUGUGUCCUGGCCAGCCGGGGCUUCUCCUGUGGCCGCCACUACUGGGAGGUGGUGGUGGGCAUCAAGAGCGACUGGCGCCUGGGCGUCAUCAAGGGCACAGCCAGUCGCAAGGGCAAGCUGAGCAAGUCCCCAGAGCAUGGCCUGUGGCUCAUUGGCUUGAAGGAGGGCCGGGUGUAUGAGGCUUUUGGCUGCCCGAGGGUGCCCCUGCCCGUGGCCGGACACCCCCACCGCAUUGGCGUCUAUUUGCAUUAUGAGCAGGGAGAGCUCACCUUCUUCGACGCUGACCGCCCAGAUGACCUGCGACCACUCUACACAUUCCAGGCUGACUUCCAGGGCAAGCUCUAUCCCAUCCUGGACACAUGCUGGCAUGAAAGGGGCAGCAACUCACUGCCCAUGGUGCUGCCCCCACCCAGCGGGCCCAGUCAUCUCAGUUCUCCACAGCCCACCAAGCUGUAGGGGUG